UCGGCGGCGGGCGGAGGGACACGCUCCUGCGGCGGCGGUGUUAAUUCCUCGGGCGUGAAUCAGCCUUUUUUGUGGGAUGGCGGCGCUGCGGCAGGACGCAGCCCGGACGGCGGUGGAUUUGUGAGGAUUUAACGGCUCGUAGUCUGCGGUGAAUUUUCCUGAUUUUAGCCGAGGAGGGGAGCAGGAGGAUCGGCUUCGGAUGGUCAGAUACUCUGCAAGGAUGCGGCAGUGAGCAUGCUCAGAGCGCUGAUCGUUACCAUGGCGAUAUUCGGCAGCGGCCAGGCGUGCGGCGGCCCGGGCAACUGCUCCGCCCACAGCGAGUCCAAAGACUACUGUUACUCGGCCCGCAUCCGCAGCACGGUGCUGCAGGGGCUGCCGUUCGGAGGAGUGCCCACCGUGCUCGCCCUCGACUUCAUGUGCUUCCUGGUGCUGCUCUUCGUCUUCUCCAUUCUACGGAAAGUUGCGUGGGACUACGGUCGCCUGGCGCUGGUCACCGAUGCUGACAGACUGAAGAAGCGUUUCAGCGACCUGGAGGAGCACGAAUACGUUGCCUCUGCGAUGCACUCUGAGACGCCAGACCGAUACGAACGCCUCACCUCCGUCUCCAGCUCGGUCGACUUCGACCAGAGAGACAACGGUUUCUGCUCGUGGCUGACGGCCAUCUUCAGAAUAAAGGAUGAAGAGAUCAGGGAGAAGUGCGGUGAGGAUGCCGUUCACUAUCUGUCCUUCCAGCGUCACAUCAUCGGCCUGCUGGUCGUCGUCGGCGUCCUCUCUGUCGGGAUCGUCCUGCCCGUCAACUUCUCUGGAGACCUGCUGGAAAACAACGCCUACAGCUUCGGACGCACCACCAUCGCCAACCUGAAGUCUGGGACGAAUCUGCUGUGGCUGCACACCUCGUUUGCCUUCAUGUAUCUGCUCCUGACCGUCUACAGCAUGAGGAGACACACGUCCAAGAUGCACUACAAGGAGGACGACCUGGUGAAGCGCACUCUAUUCAUUAACGGCAUCUCUAAAUACGCCGAGGAGACUCAGAUCAAACAGCACUUUGAGCAGGCGUACGAGAACUGCACCGUGCUCGAGGCUCGAAUCUGCUACAACGUGGCCAAACUGAUGGCUCUGAACGCCGAGAGGAAGAAAACUGAGCGCAGCAAGAAGUUCUUCACUGACCUGAUGGCCAAGGAGCACGUUCCCACCAUGAUCAACCCCAAACCCUGCGGACACCUGUGCUGCUGCGCCAUCACCGGCUGCGAGGAGGAGGAGGCGGUCAGCUACUACACCAAGAGGGAGGCCAAGCUGAAGGAGGAGUACAGGAAGGAGAAGGAGAAGGUCCACACCAAACCGCUGGGCAUGGCCUUCGUCACCUUCCAGAACGAGGCCAUGACUGCCAUUAUUUUGAAGGACUUUAACGCCUGUCAGGUUCAGGGUUGUCGGUGUCGUCAGGAGCCACGAUCCUCUCAGUUCAGUGAGGUUCUUCACGUUCACAACUGGAGUGUUUCGUACGCGCCGGACCCGCAGAACGUCCGCUGGGAACACCUGUCGCUGGGCGGGAUCUCCUGGUGGAUCCGCUGCUUCAUCAUCAACUGCAUCCUCUUCAUCCUGCUCUUCUUCCUCACCACGCCAGCCAUCAUCAUCUCCACCAUGGACAAGUUCAACGUCACCAAGCCUGUCGAGUAUCUCAAUAAUCCCAUCGUCACCCAGUUCUUCCCCACGCUGCUGCUGUGGGCUUUCUCUGCUCUGCUGCCCACCAUCGUCUACUACUCUGCGUUCUUUGAGGCUCAUUGGACCAGGUCUGGAGAAAACAGGACGACGAUGCAUAAAUGUUACACCUUCCUGAUCUUCAUGGUUCUGCUGCUGCCGUCUCUCGGACUCAGCAGUCUGGACGUUUUCUUCCGCUGGCUCUUUGAUAAGAAGUUUCUGGCUGAUGCCAAAGUCCGAUUUGAGUGCGUCUUCCUGCCGGAUAACGGAGCGUUCUUUGUCAACUACGUCAUCGCCUCCGCGUUCAUCGGUAACGCAAUGGACCUGCUAAGGAUCCCCGGUCUGCUCAUGUACAUGAUCCGGCUGUGCCUGGCUCGCUCUGCCGCCGACCGCCGCAACGUCAAGAGGCACCAGGCCUACGAGUUUCAGUUUGGAGCAGCGUACGCCUGGAUGAUGAACGUCUUCACCGUGGUCAUGGCCUACAGUAUCACCUGCCCCAUCAUCGUCCCCUUCGGUCUGAUGUACAUGCUGCUGAAACACCUGGUGGACCGAUACAACAUGUACUAUGCCUACCUGCCCUCCAAACUGGACAAGAAGAUCCACUCGGGAGCCGUCACCCAGGUGGUGGCCGCACCCAUCCUCUGCCUCUUCUGGCUGCUCUUCUUCUCCACUGUACGCACAGGUUUUGAAACGCCGACCUCCAUGUUCACUCUGGUGGUGCUGAUCGUCACCAUCGUGGUCUGUCUGUCUCACGUCUGCUUUGGACACUUCAAGUAUCUCAGCGCUCAUAACUACAAGAUUGACACAAAGGAGAACGACGUGGACGCCGUCGAGAACGGACGUCCAGCUCGUACCUCGUCCUCCCCCACCAACAAAUCUCAGCAGCAGCAGCAGCAGCAGCAGCAGAUGUACAUUGCCCAGGUGCUCCAGGACCCAAACUCGGACGAGCCGGGCGGUGGCAGCGGCGAAGAGGACCGGGGGUCAUCCCAGGACGAGGAGAUGCUGAACGGAGGGAACAGCAUCAACGAGGCGGAUUUUCAGUCAGGGGAGGACAGUCUGAUCGCCAACGAGGUCCACCAGUAGCUGGGGGUGGAGCUAGAGGGAGGGGGCGGAGCUGGUUGAGGUUCUAUACCCAUACGCAACAGUUGCAACACGAAGCUGACUGGAGAACCACUACACAUGCAAACACACAUACACAUAGACCCACACAGUUAGCUCCAUCCCCUCCCAGCUCGAAGACUUGACCCUGACCUUUGACGCCGGCGCCAGGUCGCCAACAUCCGGUCCAACACGUCUGCGGAAACUUGAUGGACAUCAAACUGUCUCCGCAGGAAAUCACUGUACAUAACCACAAAGCCAAAAGUUUUUCUUUUUGUUUUUUUCUCGGGGUGGGGGGCGGGGUUUAAAAAUCUGUGCCUGGGCUGGAUUUCAUUCGUUUGCACUCGUGUCUUGACUCCUGAUCCCAAAGCGGGUCGCCGGGACUCGACCUGUUGAGGGGUCAAAGCUGAUGCUGACGCUGUCUUUUUCUUCGGCCUGGUGCGCUCCUCCAAACGAACGCCAGCCGUCGCCACCGUCCUCCGAUGCCGGAGUGCUAAAGAAGUCGCCAACCGCCAGUUCUCUUAGUGGUAGAAGCCUUGCUUACGCAGACACAUCGCACUCUCUCUUCUUUGUUCGCUGUUUUCCUCUUUCUUUUUGUGGAAACUGUGGGUCAUGGUCACACAUCACCUGGAAGUUUUGGGUUUUCUGAGCUGCUUUUGCUGCAUGUUGUUGAAAGUGCUGUCUGGAUUUUUGAUGUUGCCUCCUUCAAACGAUGUCAUCCAUUGAAGGACUGUAGUGGCCAAUGAACUCGCCGGAUUUCCACCCCAGUCUCAGCAGCACACCCUCCUACCUGCCAGGUGAGCGUUUUCAGCUGCCCUUUCCACUUCAGUUGGACAGCUCCUUGACCGGUGAACCACUGAACUCAACACCAGACUGCGUUCUUUUCUGCUUUUGAUUUCACCUGAACUACCUUAAAUCAUGAAUUCCUGACAAAGGGAAUGGGCUGUUUGUGUCUGUGUAGGUUUAGCAGUCAGAACUCUUUUCGUUCGUGGGGAGAACUUCCAGCAGCAGCAGCAGCAGUCGUGUCGUUUGAGGGACGGUAGAUGCAGAAGAGCAGUGCUUUUCGUCCGGACUGUCUGCCCUCCAUGCCUGAAGCUGUCAGGACUCUCAAGGGAAAUGUUUUCUGUUUGCGUGUGUUUUGAAGUGUGCACUGUCUGUGUGUGUUCCAGUAGUUUAUGGUUCACCAUCUGCAUCACCGUGGAACCAAAAGAGCAACAUCUGGCUAACAAGUUCCAGUGCUUCUCAAACCGGUUCUCAGUCUAGUAGAAUUAGUUCAUGUUUUCCUUCACUUUGGCAUGAAAAUGUCAGAAAUAAGACAAAUCGUGUUGGACUUUAAUCCUCUACAAACAUCAGCAAAGUCAGUUUUAUAUUAAUCCAACUGAAAUCACUUGACGAUUCAGAUGGAUAUUAUUUCAUCUGUGUGUCCUCUACCGAGAGAGGCUCAGGUUGUGUUUAUCUUAGCGUAGCGGACAGAUUCGAAACUGCUAGCCUAGCUCUGUCAAAGGAGGAACAAAAGCCACCUUCUAACAUCUGCCUGGUUUACAUGUUGGAUUUUUGUUGCUAGCUAACCAGCUAGUCACCAGUCCAUCCUGUCGUCAUCUGGGUUUAGUUGACUAGAGCCAGGGGCCAAGUGCUAGAAGCUAACUCUAAGAUAGCUAACUCUUAGAAGCUAAUAUUCAGGGCUUAAUAUGAAGCUUUACAGUUUAGAGUUAACUGUCCAGCACAGUUUAUCUUCUGCUUCUCAAAGGCAAAAUAAAAACAAGAUCACUUCCUGAGCAACAGACCUGCUAAUAACUCCAUCUGUGUGAUUGACUUUGUAUUCUUUGUUAGCUUCGAUCUUUUGUCUCUGCAAUCUGAGAUUUAGACUGAAAUUAGCUUCUACGUCCAGUAGCUGCAGAGUUAGUCUCUAGGUCUUGACGCCUGGCUUUAGCCAACAAAACCAAGAUGGCUCUUGGAUGGGUGAGUGACUAGCUUGUUAGCUCAUAAGAUAGCUAAAUAGUUAGCUAGUUCAGUUGUGAUUUGGCGCUAUAUAAAUCAAAUUAAAUUGCACAAGAAGCAAUGGUAAAGGUAAAAUCAGUUGAGCUAAGUGAAGCCGCAGCUCGUUUGUGGAGGUGAAAUAAAUUAAUGCAAAUCUUUUGUGUUGAGUUAAACUUUCUUUAACUUUGACGCAUGAAUUCAUGAAGUAACUUUUUUUUUUUUCCUAUGAACUGGUACAAUCCUGACAACAAAAACGGACCAGCACAGAGAAGAACUUAGCAUGUUCCCAGCUGGCUAGCAUGUUAGACGUUAGCUCACCAGCUAUUGUAGCUUGCUGUAAGCACCUAUGAGAACAAAUAUUAGGUUCACAAUAUUUCAGACACACAGAUGAGUUUUGCUGCAACACUUUUCUUGUAACGUCCUUUUUGUUUUGACAGAGCUAGGCUAGCAAUUUCUCCUGCUUCCAGGCUUUGUGCUAAGCUAGCCUAAACAUGUCCCGGAGGUCCAUCUCUGUCAACAAGCAGACCAGAAUUGGUUCUGUCUUUGUCUUGUGACAUGAACUGAAGCUGAACAGCAUUCUGAAUGAUCAUGUGACCACACCUCAAAGUUCACCUGAAAAUCAGGCUUCAGCUGCGGCUCGGACGCUUUCACAACGGAAGGAGGUUCACUUUCCCAUGAUCCUCGUGGUGUCUGAUGACGUGUGCCAGCCGGGUCUUCUUUUUUCUGAUUGGAGGGUUUGGAGCAUCUUCAUUUUAAACGACCUACAGCUGCUUUUCUCCUCAUUUGUACCCACAUGUCACAUGACAGCGAGCUGAGCCAGCCGGCAGCGGCGUCAUCAGGGGGCGGGAUCAACAGUUUGAGAUAGUUAACAAACGUUUCGGUGCAGUGACGCGACGACAAAACAGUCUCAGGUGUUUGUUUCUCUAAAAUAAUGUUUACAUCCGUUUUUGUUGCUGGUUUUAGUUUUCAUCAUGUUCUUCAGUGUGUGUGUGUGUGUGUGUGUGUGUGCACAGAGCUGGACUAUGAAAGCUGGAUCCACCGGCUCACCGGCUGCUGUGGAUUCCUGCUGGAGAACCUGCAGCGUCUGUGUCCUCGUGAUGUUUGAUGAGUUUAGUUUCCUCUUCACCUCCAGCGAGGCGUCUGCUGGCAGGUGUUCCCGUCGUGAUUGUAUGCACACGAAAGAUGAAGGAGAGCUCACGGGAUCCGGUUCUGAGGUCUGAAUCUGAGUCCGGAGGUUCAGCUCAGCAGCUCUCAACCCGACAGUCUGGAAGAAGUCGUAGAGGAGCCCGGAGUCCACGUGUCUGUCACCAGAAUACAGAUGCUCGUGUUUGGUUUGUACCUGUUACCUUUAAAUGAAGACUGAACCGUCUUGUGGUCUCUGGACUGAAAGACACAAGCCUGGGCUGAAAUGGACAGAACCUGAUCAAUGAAUCCUGAUCCAGGUUCUAGAUUUUGAGCAGCUCUGAAGUGGACCUUUUAUUUGAGACCAUUUGUUCAGUGUUUCAGUGUUGUAGUUCAGGUUUCAGGUCAGUGAUGAGGUGAAUAUGAGUUCUGUUAAAGUCGUUAAAGAAGGAAGCACAAAGACUUCACAGCGAGGUUCUAGGAGAAAAGAACUUGAAAUGUGACGUUUCUGUUCUGCUCUUCAGUCGUGUCAACAUCUGAACUGGUUUCUGGCCUCAUGAAUGUGAUCCUGUGUGUGUUAGACCACAGCUGAAGGCUCGGUUUGGUUUGAAAACCUCGUUGGACAGCGUUCAGGUGUCACGUGUGAAUUACUUUGUUUAAAUGUUGUGAUGUGCUGCUGCACCUGUCGGACGAGGAGGUGAUUUUCUUCUUCUCUGACGAUCGACAUCUUUGAAUCAGCAGAACGGUCUCAGCAGCGUCCAUCCAGUAGCUCCUGGAGCUUUUGAUCUUCAUCAGCAGAUGAGUCACCACGUCGAUUUCAAAGCUCACUCUUGGUCCGCCUGCUGAUGAAGAUCAUGUGAUGUGACUGAAAGCUGCUGAUCGUCCACUGAGCCGAGCUUGUUUCAGAAACUUUCAGACGUUCACGACGGGUUCUUGAUUUGAUGAUUUGUUUGAGGAACGCGAGGUUCAGCAGGUUUCACGGGGUCAAAGGUCGACUUGUUCUGGUUUGCUGUUGAAGGGCUGAGCUGAAAGGUUGAGAGCUGCUGCGUUCACAGACAUCUCGGUGUUGUAGGAACUGAAGACGCUCUUUGAGAAAAUAAGAGUCUGUGAUAUUUUUGUAACCUGCUGACUGAAGUAUUUGAUACUGAACACGUAUUAAAGAAACGUUGAUAGCUGUGACGAUGCUGUUGUAACAUGUAACUAAAGGUUUUUAAUGAUCAGACGCUACUUUUUGCUUUUCUUAGUUUUUUAAAUCGUUGCUGAACUUACUGAAGUUGUAAAAAGACGAAUGUGAACUGAAGACAGACGAGUGUGAAACGAGACAUCGGCGACCGAAAAUGAACGUGUGUAAAAUAACGUGUAAAUAGCCAUUGAACUGCACUGUUGUCCUCGGAGACGAACACGACUCGGCGUCUCGUCCCACUGACUCCAAGCUAACAGCCCAUUGGUCCAUUUCAUGCUUUUAAUUUAUUGCUGUGACACUAUUUAUUUUUACUUUGGUUUCCAGGUUGUAUGUACAGUGAAACAUUUGUCCUAUUUAUGUUACUUGAUCAAUAAAAUUGGCUUUCAUCUGUC